AUGAAUAUUAAAAAUAAAAAUAAAAACAAACUUAAAAAAGUUUCAUUUAAAGAACCAGAAAUAUGUGAAAAUAUUGAAAAUGAUAAACAUGAAUUUAAUCAUGAAGAACUUUACAACGGAGAUAAUAAUUCCACGUCUUUGAGUAAUGAAGAAUUAAACAUUCUUUUAGAAAAUUUUAACCCCAUGGAUUAUGGAAUUACAGAAAAAUUAAGUGAAAGUGAAAAAAAAAUAAUAAUUAAGGAAAUUUAUGAAAGAGAAAAUGUAAAUUUUUGUACAUUAAAUGAAAAUAAAAUAAAGAAUGACAUUGUAAUAAAAGAGAAUAUAAAAAUUGAUGAACAAAUAAAUAAAGAAGUUACAAAAAAAAGUAAAUUAAAAAAAAAAAAUAAGAAAAAGGGGGAUUCCUUAUCAUACUUAGAUGGAGAUUGUUAUUUCCCAAAUGAUGGUUACGAUUAUGAGCAGCAUUUAAAGCCAGUAAGUAAAAAUUUCAUAGAAUCAAAAACAAAAAAAGAAACCAAUUUUUUUGACAUAAAACCUAAUAAUGAAGAAGAAAAAGAAGUAUAUGAGGCUCUUGAUAUGGAUAACUUAGAACAACUAAAUGACAAUUUUAUAUAUGAAGCACAAAAUGUUGAUGAUAUUGAAAAAUUAGAGAUAGAUAAGGAACUAAUUUGGGGUAAUCCAGAUUCUUAUUUAUUUUUAAGUAAUAAUGAAUACUCAAAUAAUUUAAGUAAUAUCCAAAAUGAAGAUAUAGGAAAUGAGCAUAUUAUUGAAGAUAAUUUUCAUUCGGAUAAUUAUUUUCUUAGUGUUAAUAAUAAAAAUAUUGACUUCAGUAAUAAUAAUAAGGAACAUAUAUUUGAUAAAAAAUUAAAUCCUCUUAAAUAUAUGAAAGAUAAUAUCAUCUCUAAAAAUGAAAAAGAGAAAGAAAAUGAAAAAAUUGAAAAAGAAUUUGAUUCUUUUAAAUUAAGUGAUCUUAUUAAGCAUGAGCUAAAAAAAGAGGAAUGUAAAAAUAAUGAAAAAAAAAAAAUAAGAAAAAAAAAAAAAAUAAAAAAUUAUAAAAUUAAUUCAGAUUUAUUUGUUACUUUAAAUGCUGAAGAUAAAAAUAAAAUAAUGAAAAUUUUAGAUUUACAAAAAGAUGAAAUUACAAAUGAUAAAGAUAGUUCUGCUUCAGAAAAUUCCAAAGAAUCAAGUUAUGAUUGUGAAACCAUUUUAACAACAAAAACCAACACAAUUAAUCAUCCAUAUAAAUUAAUUAUACCUAAACAAAUUAAAGCAAAACCAAUAUUAAAUAGUAAUAAUAUUAAUACUAAAAAAAAGGAAAGUGAUAAUAAAAAUGAAUCAUUAAAACUUGAACGUUAUUUAAUUUUAGAAAAAAUAAAAACUACAAGAGAUAAAAAUGAAACACCAGAAGAAAAAAAAGCAAGAAAAAAAGCUGUAAAAGAGGCACAGAGAUUAAAUAGAAAAUUGAAAAAAGAAAAUUCUCUGCUUAUGAAGAAUGAGAAAAAACUAAUGGAUAAAAAUAUUAACCCUUUUGACAUAAGAGACAAUGUAAAAUACAUUAAAUUAUAA